UUAUUGAUGUGGGGUCUGGGGAAUGUUUUAAAUUAAAAGUUAAAUAUACAAUAAAAUAUAACAUAUUAAAAUUUAAAACUACAGUUAUAUUCCCUUAAUUCUACAAAUUAGGAUAAAUUAUGUGGAAACGUUUACACAACUCCAUGCCCUAUUAUUUACUAUUUACACAACAAAACGAUAUUGAUAUAACAAUAACAAAUUAUGUUAAAAUAUGGACUGUGCAAUUUGAUAAAGAGGGAUUUAUUUCUUGUUUAAAAGACAAUAAUUUUGCUUUAGAAAUAGAAUCUGAUGAAUUAUUUAGAAAUGGCAUUCAAAUGUUAUCUCAACCUGAAUAUUUAAAAUCUGUAGAUGUUACAUUUGAGGGAGAUCAAAUGAAACUGGCAUUAGCAAGAAACUUCGGCUAUCCAGUAAAAAUCGUAUUGAAGCUCAAACUGGGAUCACAUGAUAAAUUUUUUAACCUGGUAACUCAGCCGUUAAUCAGAACAGUUCAGGAUUUAAGAAACAGUGAAACCGAGUUGCGGAACUUGUUAAAAUGCAAAGAUAAAGAGAUUGAAGAAUAUAAAAUGGAAGCUGGUGAAAUUUGUUUACGAUACCUAAAAACAAAGCCAUUUAAUGAUGUAGCACACAUGGAGAACCACACUGCAUUUGACAUAAAUUUUGGAUCUUCUGAUGUUUUAAAUAAUGUAGUGGAAGAAACCGCAAGCAGUUCUGAAGUUACUGUGAAACAAGAAAAAAUUGAACAGAUCACUAUUAAAACAGAGCCAGCUUCACAAGUCGUUAAAAUGGAAAUGCAAGUUGUUCCAGACGAUGUUAAGCCAAACGUCGUAAAAAAGGAAUCAAAAAUAGCACCGAAAAAAAGAAAAUUCACAUUGAAUAUUUAGAGUUAAGUAUUAUGAUGAUAUUAUUUAAAUGAAUUAUAUAUUUUCUUGACAGACUUGUUUGAAAGAAUCUGUUGUUAUUGUAGAAUCGGACCAGAAACAUAAGUGAUCUAUUUUGUAGAAAAGAUUUCAUUUAUUAUUUCACUGCCAGGAAAUAUUUAUUUCUGUAUAUAUUAUUGUUUAUAUAGUAGUACAGUAUUGAGUAUAGACAUGAUCCAUAAAAUUAUAUUUCAAUUUUAUUUAUAAUUUAAACUGUAAGGUAAAUAUUCUAGACUAGUUUUUAGUGUGACGUAGAUAGUAAUAUUUUA